CCUGAGAUCUGGAACCAGUCUCCAUGCUGAUCUGUUCUCAUGGCUUGACAGAACGCAACCUGUAGUCCAAGCCGAUGAACCUUUCUCCGACUACAGAUCGACCAACAAGAAAAAACGACGGACUGGACCGUCUGUUCACCACUUGUCGGUCAUGAGUCAAGCUCUUGUCUAGACUAGGUCCCAAAGGACCCCUCGUCGCCAGGCUCGAAGACGGCCACUGACGACGCUUCUGGAGUAACUCGAGCUCAAGACUCGCACAUUACAUCCUGCGCGUAUACUCAGUGUCUCGCGGAAGGCAUAGGAUGUUGCACACCAUGAACAUCACCAUUGGAUACUAUGAUAAGAAUGGCAAGUCAGCAGGUAGUAAAUGGACGUCAAAGCAUCCAGGUGACUCCUUGAAGGAUCGAUACUUCCGUUCCACAUUCCACGCCACCACGCAAGAUGGCGACUACAUGAGCUUUACAUUCAACGGGAGCGCAGUCUAUGUCUACGGUGCAAAGCGCUCCAAUCAUGGAUCGUAUUCCGCCACGAUCGACGGUCAGACGGGAGGAGGCCUUUUGUUCGGUUACGCCGCCAAGCCAGAGAUCUUUCAAGCGCCGUUGUUCUUCACUGAGAAUCUGAAUCCUGCGAAAACGCACACCGUAGUUCUGACCAAUCUGGCUGAUCAGACGAACCCGGCGCCAACAGCUGAAAACCCUUACUUCCUGGAUAUAGACUACGUCGUCAUCACACAGCCAGUUCCCUCGGACAAGAUUUACACCACGACUUACGAUGACUUCUCUCCAUCCUUCACGUACAGUCAAUUCCAACCUGUUCCAAAUUUCGGGAAUGGGUAUUAUAACAGUACGAGUCAUUUGACAUUCAACACGUCGGCAUCGCUAGCUUUUGCCUUCAAUGGAACCUCUGUUCAGAUAUUCGGAGGUCUCAAUGUUGAUCAUGGGAAUUAUACCAUCGUGCUCGAUGGAGGAUUGACUCAGGUCUUCAAUGGGUCUUCGCCAGAUCUCUGGAGUCAACAGUCUCUGUUCCUCGCUACAAAUUUGACCGAAGGAGAACACUUCAUCACCUUGACCAAUCUCGGUGGCACUGCGGGCAAUGCUUUUGAUUUCGACUACGCGGUGGUCAACUCGACUGUGUCCCCCGAUCUCGCCGGUAACAAUGCAACCAACACAACGACCGAUUCAUCCGAUACCGUUCCCAGCUCUGAGGACCACUCGAAAGGCUCUAACUUUCCUACGGGUAUCGUCAUUGGUGUCGUGACGGCGGUGCUGGUCAUCGCCCUGGUCUCGGCACUCAUCCUCCUCUUUUGCAUCAAGAGGAAAAAGAGGCAGUAUCGGAAGACGGGGACAUCUGAGCCGAGGAUGGACUUGAAUGGCGAUGCGUAUGAUCCGCACCACAGUCAUCAAUUUGAUGGGCGAGAAGUCGCGCCAUUUCAGACGAGGACCUCAUCGCACCAUGCAAGGAACCCAUUGGAUUCCUUGUUGAAUCCUAACAAUGGCGACUCCAGAGGACCAGCCGGAGUAUCAGAGAUGGGUUACGCGAGUAGCGAGCUUCGAUCAGCUACUUUCCUUCAGCCUGGACACGCUGUUGGCUUCUUCAAUGCCCCUCCGCCACCUCCUUCCAAUGCCACUUCAUACCCUCUCAAUGAGCCUGACGCAAGCAUGUCAUUACCAUCUGUCAGAGAGUUCCAAAUGGAGUCGCCCCGUCAACUGCCACCAGGAGCUACUGGAGGCGCUUAUGUCGCAUCGUCUGCUGAGGACAUAGAUCAAGAUACACCCGGUUCUGAAAAGGAAGACAACCUGCCUGUUCUCCCUCUCGUCUCUACCUUAUCAAACCACCGAUCUCCACCUUCGCAGAGUCUCAAAUCGGCGGGCCUGGCCUCUUCCUUCACAGCUCGCCCUGGCGCCCAUUUUGGAGCAGGGAGCACCAUCUCGGCUGUGACAUCAGCACGUAUAUAUGUUCCUGGUCGAGAGGUGGAUCAUGGUCCCAUACCUCAAGAUGACGAGGACGAGGACGAGCAGACAGAAUUCGCGCAGACUCUGCCACCAAACUAUCAGCAAGCUACACAGCCACAGGCUGGUCAAUCUCCGACUCCGACAGAACGUUAG